UUCUUUAAAAAUCAAUCCUCAACUUCUCUAAGGCGUGAUGCUAAGCUAGCUAAUGUUACUCGUACGAUAACUAGCUAACUUAACCCUGAUGUUGAGAAGUUAGCCUGGUUCGAUUAUAUCCCUUUGAAGCCUGAGGAAACAACUGCACUCAGCUUUACUUGUUAACAUCGAGGAGUGGAGACAAAUUAAGAAAUAAUCUACUAAAAGAUGGUUGUUGUUGUUGUUGUCGUUUGCUGAAGUUAGUUAGUCUUAGCUCCCCAUCUGGGGUAAAGUUCAUCAACUGGAUGUGACAGCUGCUAUUUCCUAUUGAGAGGACACAGUGGUGUGUUUAAAAAGCAGUAGUGAAAAGGGGGUCUCUGUAGGCUGAGCACUGGUGGAAAUCAUCUUCUCAGCUGGACUGACACAGUUUGUCAAAGAUUGAAUCCAGCAAUCACAAUGGCAGACAGCGGGAAAACUAAUGAGACAGGAGCUUCAGCAGCAGAACCAGCUAAUGGAGACCAGCAGAAUGUUGUUUCCCGAGUGAGUAAUUUACCUCUGGUCAGUUCAGCUUGCGAGGUGGUUUCCAGCGCCUACAGUAGCACCAAAGACAGCGUGCCCAUGCUGAAGGGAGUGAUGGAUGCAGCAGAAAGUGGGGUCCGAACCCUGGGAGCAGCUGCCACCACGGGGUCCAAGCCUCUCUUGGACAUUAUAGAACCACAGCUUGCAACAGUGAAUGAGUAUGCCAUGAAAGGGCUGGAUAAGAUGGAAGAGAAGCUGCCUAUUCUCCACCAACCAGCAGAUAAGGUGGUGUCGGACACAGUGGGUAUGGUGUACCAGUCAGUAGCAGGGGCCAAAGACGCCGUGGUGGGGGCUGUGAUGGGCGGUGUCGAGUUGACCCGGGCUGCAGUCAGUGGAGGCAUCAUCACCGCCAUGGGCACCAGGAUGGGCCAGAUGGUCAGCAGUGGGAUGGGCCUGGCCCUGAGCCGCUCUGAAGACUGGGUUGACCAGAACCUACCACUCACUGAGAGGGAGCUGGCUGCUGUGGCUGAAUCUGCCACCUGUGAGGUGACUACCCAACCAGCCAGCCCAAGCUACUUCGUCCGCUUGGGGAAACUCUCUGACAAAGUUCGGGAGCGAGCUUUGCAGCAGUCCCUCAUUCGUGCACGCCAUGCCAGGGAUACCACCUAUGCUGCAGUGGCUCAGAUUACCAGCACUCUGAACCUGCUAGAAAGCGCCCGCACCAGUCUGGGUACGGCCAGCAACCAGAUUGGAGGAGCCUCUGAGCAGCUGCUGCAGCGCUGGACAGAGUGGAAGCAGAAGCAGGAUGGAGAUGGACAGACUGAGUCAGAGCCAGAUGGGACAAAAGAUGAGGCCAAGCAGUUGGAAUGGCGGACCCUCUCUAUGGUGCGUGGUCUGAGCGACCAGCUGCGAUCUGCAUGCUCCAAUGUGGUGUCAAGUGCUCAGGGCCUACCGAGUGCAGUCCAGGACCAGCUAACCAGUGCAAGACAAUCAGCUGAAGAGCUGUACUCCUCUCUGGGCAACACCAGCUCCAUCACACCCCUCCUUCUGGAGCAGAGCCGUCACCACCUGACCCAAGUUCAACAGUCUCUGGAUGGUGUCGUGGAGUAUCUACUGAACAACACACCACUGAACUGGCUGGUGGGACCUUUUGCCCCUCAGAUUACUGAGAAGGCAGAGGGAGAUGUGACGAUGGAGCAGACUGAACCACACAACUAGACCUGAAGACUUUGUUGUUAAUGCUCUACUAGUGUAGUUGGACCAUUUUUUAAAAAUGUAUCCCCUUGUUUUAAUGAAAGAGAAGUUAAAUUCAUGUGAUCAUAUUUUCUUUAUAAUACACUAAAUUUGAACGUAUUAGUCAGUGGCACUACAUUUGCGAUGUAGAUUCUAAUAUGAUUUAAUUAUCAAUUUAAGUGCUGACCUGUGGCCUUAGAGAAUUGAUGCAUUUCUGCACUUUACUAUUUAUCCUGGAAAAGAGAAGAAUAGUUUACAUUUGUCGAAAUUCUGCAUAUAUAUCUGUACUGCUCUUUUGAUUACAUGUUAGUGCCUAAAUAAAUUCAAAGCAUUCCUAGAACUAAGGAAAAAAUGGUGCCUGUUAACAUAGGUCAGACAUAAGUAUGCAUCUUUAAUAAGAUUCGGAGUCCAUAAUGCAUCGAUUUGUUUUUAGAUUACCGGUAGCCCUUUUUAUUUCAGCAUUUUGUGUAUGAACGUUGAUGGGUUUGUGGCAGCGGCUGGUGAACUGUCAAUGAGCUGGCAUAUAAAUAAAACUAUGACACAGUACAGUGUCUGUGUCACCCUUUAAUACAUUCAUAAAGUGUUGUUCCUGA